ACUUUCCCUUAUUCUCAUUCAUCUUCUUUUCAUCCUCCUCCUCCUCGCCCUCAUCCCCAUCCUCAUCAUCAGACUCGCCCACCGGCCACGGCCGCAAUUCCGGCGCAUACGCCCGCCACUCCGCCCCCAGCGGAGUAUCAAUGCCAUCCACCAGGUCCCUGUCGUCGACGCGGGAGCCCUCGGGCGUCACCCAAUACCCCGUUAUCGGCGGGGUCUCGCACGGAGCUGCAUACGUCGCCGGGACGUCUUCCGGGAACAGGGUCUUGGCGCGGCCUGCGCCCCGGGUCCUGGGCGGCGGUCCUCCGGCUUUCGCGCUGGCGGGCGGGCCGGUCGGGUCUUGCCGCUGGCGGUCGUCGAAGGACAGCCGCGGCGUGCCGGGGUUGCUGGGGAGCGUGCUCCGCCACUGGCUGGCGCCCGGAGAUGCGGCUGGCUUCGCGAACCGGGUUGGUGCUGUCGGCGUGGGACUGGCUAGGUCCGGGCUGCCGUCGGGGGGCGAGCCCGAGGACGUCCGCGGGGGACGUGGGGUCUGCGCCUGGGGGGUGGAUGAAGAGUCUUUGGAGGGCUUCUCUGGCGUGUUGUCCGUGGUGGGAGGGUUUGCUGGGCCCGGGGAUUGAGUAUCAGACUUCAGAGAAGUGCCCGGGCCGUGGGUCGCGUACCAGUGCUCGAAGAGGCCCUUUGUGCCCACGGAAGAGCCCGAGGUUGUGGGAGGGGUUGGUUUGUUGGGGUCCGACAUCGUGACUGAAGGAAUUAAGUGUGUGAUGUUUAGUAGAUGGUCUUCGCAAUGUUGCUACUCAAGGA